GGUGGGAUGUUUUAAGAGCCUAUUUCUGAUUUUCCCCUGCUUUGGAGCAGUGGGAGGCCGAGGGAAUGGGAGCGACCACGUCCUGCCUCUGGGCUUUGCAAAGGAGGGGAUGCUUCUCCCAGGGGACCUGGGCUGGGAAUGCGAAGCCUUGGGGUUUGCCAAAGCCCGGGAGGAGGCUGUGGAGAGGUGAAGCCGGCUGCGUUUCGGAAGAGAAGUUGCUGGCGAGCCACAUCCUUCCGGAGAGCAGCUCCAGCCCCGGGGCUGCCGGCGGAGAGGAGACGGGACCGCAGGCACAGGAGGAGCCGUCCCCGCCUCGCCCAGCCCUGGAGAAUGCCUCUCUCCGAGCCUGCAGCCUCUCGGAGCAGGAGGAGGAAGAAGAUGCCAUCUGGGAGAAGAUCGAGAGCGCACGGCACCAGCUGACCCGCUCCCUGAACCCUGCCAAGCUCACCCCGUACCUGCGCCAGUGCCGCGUGAUAGACGAGCAGGAUGAAGAGGAGGUGCUGAAUUCAUGCCGAUUCCCUUGCAAAAGCAACCAGACAGGAUACCUGAUGGACAUCCUUCGGCGCCGCGGGAAGAGAGGCUACGAAGCCUUCCUGGAGUCCUUGGAGUUUUACUACCCGGAGCACUACACCCGGCUCACAGGGAGGGAGCCAGCCCAGCGCUGCUCCAUGAUCCUGGAUGAAGAAGGCCCUGAGGGACUCACUCAGUUCCUGCUGAUGGAGGUGAAGAAGAUGAGGGCUCAGAGGAAAGAGCACCUGCUGAAGGAGCACCAGCUCCAGGCGAAAAACCAAGCCAUGGAGCAAGAGCAAGCCCGGCUGGAGCAGCGGCUGCAGGAGCUCCUGAAGGUGCAGGAGCGAUGCCAGCGGCUGCGGGAGGAGUGGGACUCCAACAGCGUGGAGCUGCUGAGGCUGAAGGACGAGAACUACAUGAUGGCCAUGCGCUACGCCCAGCUCUGCGAGGAGAAGAACAUGGCCGUGCUGCGCAGCCGGGACCUGCAGCUGGCGGUGGACCAGCUGAAAUGCAAAGUCACCAGCCUGGAGGAGGAGUGCAGCCUGCUGAGGAAGCAGGCAGCCAUGGUGCCCCAGCGGGAGGCGGAGGAGCGGGGCCACCCCGACACCGUGUCCGAGCUGUGGGCUGAGAACCAGCGGCUGAUGGCAUCGCUGCAGGAGCUGCAGGGAACAUUGCAGGCUCCUGGCGAGGUCCCGGUGCCGGGCUCUGAGCAGAUCCUGCUGGACAUCCUGGAGCACGACUGGAAGGAAGCCCAAGAUGACCGGCAGGACCUCUGCCAGAAGCUCAACUCCCUGCAGAGCGAGCUGCAGUGGGCCGAAGAGCUGAGGGAUAAGUACCUGCAGGAGGUGGAAGACCUGCAGCUGAAGUACCGGACGCUGCAGAAGGACUGCGAUCUCUACAAGCAUCGUAUGAACACCGUGCUGCUGCAGCUGGAGGAGAUCGAGAAGGAGCGCGACCAGGCUAUCCAGAGCCGGGACGGGGUGCAGCUGCAGUACUCCCAGAGCCUGAUCGAGAAGGACCAGUACCGCAAGCGUGUGCGAGCCCUGGAGGAGGAGAGGGACGAGCUCCUGAGCAAGCUGAGCCAGGCGGAAGGGCUGAACAGCACGCUGGAGGUGCAGCUGCAGCGCUGCAGAGGCAACCGCAGCCUGGGCAAGAUGUGCAGCUCUUCCUACUCCCUCUGCUCCAACCUCAGCAGCACCUGGAGCCUCGCUGACAACCCUGCUGGCUUUGCGAGUGGGCUCGUGGACGCGCUGGGGGACUCUGCCAUUCAGAGCAUGGAGGUGACCCCCGACAGCGAGAAGGACAUCAACCGCCUCUCCACCUUCCCCUUCCCUCCCUGCAUCGGCUCCAUCCUCCGGCGGCAGCGGGAAGAGAGGUGCAUGCCCUACAAAAGCUUGUCCUGUGGCUCCUUUAGCAGCAUUGAAGAUGCAACAGGCAGUGGUUUCGCUAGCAUCUCGCUUGGGGCCUUCUCCUCCUCUUCCAGCAGCACCUACGCCAGGGUGAAGUCGGAGAUCUGCUUGUCCACGCUCCCCAGCCGCCAGGAGGUCACCAGGAGGUCACUGGUGGUGCAGCUCACGAGCAUGGGUCCUGCCAGCAACCUGUCGCCCCAGGAGAAGAGUCUAGGAGCGGACAUCUCCAUCCUCGGAGGGAACAGGACAGGGAUUUUUGUCCAGUGGGUCAAGCCAGGCUCACAGGUUGAGAACACAGGACUCAGGGAAGGCUGCCGGCUCAUUGAGCUGAGGGUCCCGUCGCUGAAGGAGGAGGUGCUGUCGCUGGAGAACUGCACGCGGGAGGUCGCCUACCUGAGCCUGCUGCAUUGGGAAGAGCCUUCAAGCCUGGUCUUUCAGCUGGACCUGCAGGGAUACCAGCCUCUGCGGGAAGCCCUGGAGGAAGGGAAGAAGUUUUCUGGAGACUCGUUCUAUGUCCGCACCAACCUGCCCCUCCUGGAGUCGUCAGACCCCUACGCACUCUGCGUCAAGUGUCGGGAGAUCCUCCACGUCACAGACACCAUGCACAAAGGGCGGCUGGAGUGGUACUGCUCCCGUGUCGACCCCCUGACCAUGCGGGACCUGGACAAGGGGACGGUGCCCAACUACAGCAGGGCCCACCAGCUGUUGAAGAUCCAAGAGAAGAGCCACCUGCCCGGGCAGCCGAAGAGCCACAGAAAUAACCUAAAGAAACGGGCCUUGGACCAACUGCGCCUGGUGAAAUCCAAACCACAGAAGAGCCCAGGCCAGCCCCCUCAGCAGCUGUGGCUGGACCCUUGCUCAGACCCAGACAGGAGCCUGAAGCCUUACAGCCUGGUGCACCCUGUGGUGGUCAAGACACCACGCCCCGUGGUGCUGUCACCCAACUGCAUUGCUCCGCGGCUCAUCAGGAACCUGCUGGACCUGCCCACCUCUCGCCUGGACUUCCAUGUGUGCCCAGCAGGUAGGCAGAAAUGAGGGGUCAACAUUUUCUGGGCAAAGUGCAAGGUGUUCCUCCUAUUCUUAAAUGUAUCCUGUCCCUUUGGCCAUGAGGGAAGCCAGCCCUCCUUUCUGGUCUUCUGGGCCAUGGGGAUCCUCUUUAUUUCCUUGAGAGGGUGGUGUGGCAUUGUCUUGCUGCUCUGGGUGGCUCUUCCCAGGGGUGAAGCCCUUGCCUGAGGUGGGAUCUGCAGGUUGACCUCGUACCUCCCUGGGAAUGGCAGCAUCCAGCCGUCCCCAUCCUUCCACCAGCAGCGUGAGGCUGACACACCACUGCGUAGGCAGCUGGGGGAACAGGCUUUUUUUCCCAGAGGGGAUUUUCCCAGAGGACAAAUCCCUCUUCCCUCCCUCUCCUUUUUCCAUCUCUCUCCUUGCCCGUGUUUACAGUUCAGUCUUUGCCAGCUGCGGGACUGAAAAAUGAGUCGGUACGCGUUUUGGGGGUGGUGAUGGAGGUGGUGAAAAAUCUGUUUUGCUGAAAAAGGAUGGCUCUGCCAAUUUUGGCCGCCGGGCUUCUUAGCUGAGUGACUUGGCCAUAUAUCCUAUCCUACUGAGCCCUCUGCAGGGUCCCCCUCACAUUGCACGGGAACAUGCUUUGAAGUCAUUUACUGCAGCAGGGGAUGUUAAACCAAAAACAACUCAAUUCUCUCCCGCUAGUUUUGGCUGUUGUGAGGAAAGAAGGUGAUCUGGGAGCCCUGAGAUGUUUCUCUUAUCUUUAUGGCCUGUACUUUCUCUUGCUCUUCUCUUGCAAGCCAGAUAAUCUUCCACAGGAGCUUGCUGCCCCUAAGAGAAACUUGUGAAACUUAACUUGGCAAAAUAAAAUAAUUUGUUUUCUGCUGUGCUUCAUCAAGGAGGGGCUGGAGCAGGGGGGAAGGAGGGAAUCAGGGCUGGGAGCUGGCUUUGACUGCCGCUGUACCACAACACAAGAGCUGCUCUUGCCCUGCAAGGUCUUCAGCUGCGAUUUCUUGCUUUUUCUGUGAGCAGAAAGCGGCAGGAGACCCAUGCCAAUGUGUAAUGUUGUGUAAUUAGACUUGCUUUCCAGAAUCCAUAAACACUGAACUCAAGUAUCAGCACCACAGCAAGCGUGCAGGAGCUGAGGUAGAAAGGAGGUGCAAGAGGGAUGAGGGGAUGAUGCCCCCCUCUUCAUCUCCCCUGUUCC